AUGAAUUUUAAAAAGGUAUUGGUUUUGGCCUUCCAAUAUUCACUUACUUUGUCAGACGAAAUUAUUACUAUGGGGUUUAUAACCGACAUGGCCAGCUCCCGAAGCAGAGCAUUUGUCACCCAUGUGCUUUCUAUUUUGAUGCCACUGGAUAAAUUUAAGGUGGUAAAUGUUGGGGGGAGAAGUGUAGUGAACGAGCCAUCAGUUCGUAACUUUAAAUACAAUAUCAAUUUAAUUAGAUUACGUGGGUCAAGUGAGGAGAACUCUCCAGUUAAACCAAACCCAGAACAGGAAAUGAUGGAAACUUGUGUAGUUAAAUCUUGUGUACCAGAUAUUGUUGUCGAGAACAUAAGUAAAGAAAUUUUUAUUGUUGAAGUUAAAAAAGGCCCGCUUUUACAUGGCAGGUAUAUAAGCCAACUGAAAUAUAUGCUUCUACCUACAGCGAUUAAGUUAGGCUCAGCUGUGGGCUAUUGA